CAUGUAGACCGCAUGUAAAGCGUCGUCUCGUUGUUUACGUCCGAACCCGGAACUGACAGCAGCACAAAGAUCUGGAUGUGGGCUCCAGAAGAGGAGGUGGUCAGGAGAUGGAGAAGGGAGCAGGAGUGUAUGAAGCAGCGCUUGGUUUUGGAGGACACUGAGGCCUGGCAGAAGGAGCUGGACUUCAGAGGGUUGGAGAGAGUUGGUGGAGUCGACUUGUCGUUUAUUAAAGGAGAUGAACACAAGGCCUGCGCUCAACUCGUCAUACUGAACUACCCUGAGCUCCAGGUGGUGUAUGAUGUCAGUGAGAUGGUGUGUCUCAGUUCUCCAUAUGUUUCUGGGUUUUUGGCCUUCAGAGAGGCUCCACCACUGCUGCAGCUUCUACACACACUGAAGAGAGAGCAGCCUGAGCUAAUGCCACAGGUGUUGUUUGUAGAUGGAAAUGGUCUGUUUCACUACACAGAGUUCGGCUUGGCAUGUCACCUUGGCGUGCUAUCAGACCUUCCCUGUGUGGGCGUUGCUAAGAACCUGCUCCAGGUACAAGGUGUGGCCAAAAAUGAUGAGCAUGUGUCACAGAUCAGCGCUCUAAGUAAAGCAGGUGACACUUUCCCUCUGGUCACUGAUUCAGGAAAAAUACUGGGACAGGCUCUGCGCAGUUCAGAUCGCAGCACUAAACCCGUCUAUGUGUCAGUGGGUCAUCGCAUUAGCCUGGACACAGCCAUCCGCCUCACACACUCAUGCUGUCGCUACCGUGUUCCUGAACCCACACGACAGGCGGAUCUGCGCUCGAGAGAAUACCUGCGAAGACACUUUCCCUCACCCAGCUAAACCUACACACACACACACACACACACACACACACACACACACACACACACACACAGUCCAUUAACCCUCCCCACACACUCUAGACUACACUGAUCAGGGAGUAUUGAUAAGACACCCACACACACCUCUGUAAGGAGUGAGACAACACUUAUCCUCAUGCACACACAACUACUAUAAACACACACAGACACACACACACACAGUCAUAUGUUUUGUAGUAUUACUGUAGAGAGAAUGAGAGAGGAAAAGAAAGGUUGCUGGGGAUAGAUAGAGAGUUACAGUGAGAGUGUGUGUGUGUGAGAGAGAGAGUGUGUGUUUGUGUGUGUAUGUGUGUGUAUGUGUGUGUGUGUGAUGAUUCUGUAGAGCUCUGAGAUCACACAGCAGAUCUGAAACACACAGCACAUCAUUAGCAUCACCUGGGUUUCCCUUCAUCCGUGUGUAUGUGUGAGUAUGUGUGUGUGUGUGUGUGUGUGUGUGUGUGAGAGAGAGAGAGACUUGAUGAGGGAUCAAAGCGUAGCACCAUCAGUUCACUCACACACUCUUCAUCUACACAUUUAUCCUUCAUUUGACCUUUUUAUAUAACUGAGGAGUUUUAGUACACAAUCUGUUAAACUGGCUUGUACAAAUACACACACACACAAAUACACACACACACACACACACACACACAAACACACACACACACACACAGGCCACACCUCCUUCCCUGAGACUGAUACUCAUAGGCCACGCCCAAUUCACUAUGACUGACGUGUAUAUGAGCAGCUCUAGAGUAUUACACACACACACACACACACACACACAAACACACACACACACCUCUACAGUUCCAUAUGUUGAUUUUGUUUGUCCAUUAAAUUCUAAAACAAUUAAAAAAUAAACAUUUGAAUAAAAA